AAUUCUCAAAUAUAUUUCAAUAAGUCUUUUCUAGGCCUAAAAUAUCUUAUCUUUUCAAAAAUUUCAUAUUCAUAAAAACAAGCAAAAAAAAUACAUAACUAAAAAAGAAAAAAUGUCAAUUUUAUCUCCAAAUUCUCAUCUUCUAUAUAGAGAAGUCCAUCACAAAGAUCAACAACAAGCACAACAACCAAAUUGGAGCAAUGGGUGUUGCUCAAACUUGAUAAAAACUUAUGGGUUUGGUUUUGAUGGAAAGAAAAUGGAUCAUCAAUGGAAGAAAACCAUGAAAAGAGAUUGUAAAGUUGAAGCUUUGUGGGACUUUUCAAGGCCAGCUUUUGUAGAAAUGGAACCUAUUAAUGAUGUUGAACAUUUGGAACUCAUUUUAGAGAAAGCAAAACAAGCUUCUCAACCCAUCAUCAUUGAUUGGAUGGCUGCUUGGUGCAGAAAAUGCAUUUACUUGAAGCCUAAGUUAGAGAAAUUGGGUGCAGAAUUUGACACCAAGCUCAAAAUUUACUGUGUGGAUGUGAACAAGGUGCCACAAACGCUUGUGAAACGUGGAAACAUCUCUAAAAUGCCAACAAUUCAGUUGUGGAAAGACGGGGAGAUGAAAGCAGAGGUGAUCGGAGGCCAUAAAGGGUGGCUUGUGAUAGAAGAAGUUAGAGAAAUGAUUCAAAAUAAUGUAUGAUUUUCGGUCCUUUUUACCUGCAAAUUCUUGCUCAUAUAUAUAUUUUCAAAUCAUACAAGUAAUACCAAAGCUUAUGUAUAGUUCUAUUCAUUUAUCCCAUUUUGUUUGCAGUAAA